GGAUGCGUCCCGUUUUGGUGCGGCGGAGAUUGUGAUCCCUCGGCCCAGGCCCGACUCCACAGAAGAGGUGAUGUUCUCACGCGGAGGCACGCACAACGCCAUCACAACGGUCAGCAGUCAUAUGGCUGCGCUGAUUAUGGACGAGAGCACCAGAGGCUCCGUCCCCUCAUCACCCGCGAAG